AUGCUAUCUGCAGCCCGGACGCCACCAGCGACGUACGCACCAGCCGAUGGUUCGCGAACAUUCACGAUUACAAAUGACCCGACCCGUGAAGAGGGCGAUAACGAUGAGAACAUCAACUCGGAUUCAGGGCGGAUCGUUGGAUCGCUGAGGGUGCGUGCGGGGCGGUCGAGGGAUGCACCAAGGGUAGCUUGGGACGAAGAUGUAGUGGAUAACGAGGGAUGUGGGAAGAAGAAAUCGAAGAUAUGUUGUAUAUAUCACAAACCAGAACAAUUCGAUGAAUCCUCGGAUGAGUCGUCUGACUCGGACUCGGACUCGAGCUGCGGCGGCCACAACCACAACCACAAUCAUGUACCUGCCCCUGGGCCCAGCUCGAGCGGGCAGCAGUCUCGGCCAAACCCCUCUGGGACUGUUCACCAGCUCGAGCCCGCCGACGGUCAUAAACCUAAUGCUUAUGAGAAGCAGCCUCAUUCGAAGAAGGGGAAACAUCGAGCAGCAUGA